AUGGCUCCCACUUUGUGUUCAUUUUCAUUUAUAAAUCAAUUGACAAAUGAAACGAUUCGAGUAAAUGGUAAAGAACUUUGGUAUCGAUGUUCACAUGGUCCUGGUCUAUAUAAUCGAAAUAUAAAAUAUUAUCGUGUUCUUCAACAAGUAGUUGAUCGCAAUUAUUGUUUACCAUCUAGUCCACAGUUGUUUGCUGUUGAUUUUGAAAAAGAGAUUGUUUAUUAUUGUUUAGCUGAUAAUAGUUGGUAUCGUUAUAAAACAGUAAAAGAUAUUGUUCUGGAACAGCAAACUGAUAACAAAUUCAGAAGACUGAACAGCUUAUCAGCAAUAUUGUUUAAAUUCGAUGAACUACCCGCAACAUUAACAAAGUUGAAACGGGCGGUUGCAUACCCGUCUUUAGCAACAAUUACAUACCCAUCUUUAACAACAGUUAAGGGUCGAUUAACGUGUAUAAUAUAUACUCGUGUGCAAAAAUCAGGUAGUACAACAUUAAUACGAUUAUUUUUUGCCCAAGGUAAAAAAUAUAAAUAUCCUGUGGCCAGAGUGACCCCUUGGUUUACAUAUAUAAUGAAUGCGGAAGAAAGAAAAGCAUUUUUUAAACAAAUAAAUAGCUUAAAAAAUUUUACUAUAUUCAUUCGACAUGUUAAUUUUGUUCCAUUCGAUGAAAAACAGCCAAUUUAUAUAAGUAUGAUACGUGAUCCAGCUGACCGAAUAGUAUCAGAAUAUUAUUAUGUGCGUUCUCGAUGCAAGUUAGAUAAAAAGUAUUGUCCAACCGGUAUGAAUAUACGACUCUUAAAUCAAUCGUUGGAAAAUUGUUUUAUAAGUAAUACAUUAAACCCGUCGUAUUGCAUAUCAAAAAUAAAUGGUAUAUCAAAUCUGAUUGGUUAUUCCUGUGGUCAAGAAUCAUAUUGUUCGCAGUUAAAUAGUUCAAAAGCGUUGGAAAAAGCUAAAUCGAAUAUUGAUAAACAUUAUACAACCAUUGGUUUAACAGAACAAUUCGAACAAUUUCUUUAUGUUUUACAUCGUUUAAUUCCAACAUAUUUUAAGAAUAUUCAUAAAGAAUAUGAAAAACAACAUGAACCACAUGAGAAUAAACAACCAAAUGGAUAUGAAAGCGACAAACCGACAACCAAAACAUUAAAAAAACUAAAAUCAUUGUUAAACUAUGAAUAUGAAUACUAUGAAUUUGUCCGAAAACGAUUUAAUGAACAAUAUAGGCAACUAUCAAAACCAGAUAUUAAUCAAAACUAG